AUGGUUCAACGUCUUACAUACAGAAGAAGACUCUCAUACCGCACUGAGUCCAACAAGGUUAGAGUUGUCAAGACUCCAGGUGGAAAGUUGGUCUACCAAUACGUUGGAAAGAAGGGACAGAUCCCACGUUGCAACGAAUGUGGAACUGAGAUCAACGGAAUUAAGGCCAUGAGACCACUCGAGUUGAAGAACGCCCCAAAGUGCCAGAGAACCGUCGCCAGAGCCUACGGUGGUGCUAAGUGCCACACCUGCGUUCGCACCAGAAUCAUCCGUGCUUUCUUGAUUGAGGAGCAGAAGACUGCCAAGCUCGUCUACAAGAAGCAACAGAAGGACAAGAAGGCAUCCAAGUAA